CGUCGAGCAUCCUGCCUUUCCCGACACAACUCGUGGUUCCAGGCCGUCAAACCCGCUGCCCAAGUACACCGGCCGCCGGAGAGAUCGGGUGAGGAUAACGUCAAGGAGCUAGCUGCGGCGCAGGAGGCAGGACGAGCGCUUUUGAGCGGUGCGUGCGUCGGGUAAGUGACAGGGGGGAGAAUAGGAGCGUUGGAGAGCAUGGAAGAGCAACGGACUUCGUCAAGAGGCACUCGUGGUCGGCGAGCUCUUGGUGGACGCACGAGGAACGUCUGCCGCGUCGCGUCGUGCAGCAAGCAAUGCGCCCAGGAGUCCAGGACCGAGGAUACAAGCGCCCACGAAGGCAGAUUGCGUUCUGGAAAUGCCCUCUGCGUCAUCGGGCUCUUACACGUGCUUGGGACACUCGUCCGACCUUCUCACUUAUUUGUUCCUCGUGUGCUUGACUCGUUUGAGUGAGCACGGCUCGCCCAUAUAUAUCGACAUGCUCCUGUUCUGCCGCUGCGGCUAGACUGUCCGACCUGACGCUAGUUUGGCCUGCCAGUCUGCGCUCGGUAUAUAUAUAUAGUCGUCUUAGUCGCGAUUGUCAGCCUCCCGAACGCAUCUUACUCCCUCCUGCCCACUCUCGCUCUUGUCACCAACACUACAUUCCGCUUGACGAACGUCGACGAACUACGCACGAUCUGCUACGCUCUCGCACGCCCUUGCUUUCUUGCAUAGCAUCGAUUAAAGCCAGUGAAGAGUGGUCAGCCUCUGGAGCAGGCGAUCCCAUAGAACGAGCCUACAACUUGCCGAACCUCUUCUGUUUGCAUCUCAGAAUGCGUCCUGCCACCGCACUCGCAGCUGCUUUGCUAAGUUUUGCGCCUGGGGCGCUCGCAACGUAUAGUCUCGUACGUGAGUACUCUGGGUCGAGCUUCUUCACCGGGUGGGACUUCUACGGCAAUUACGACAACUUGACGAAUGGCGACGUUACCUGGGUGACCCAGGCAAACGCGACGCAGUCGAAGUUAGCGUACGUCGACGACGCCGGACACGCGGUAAUUAAGGUGGACAACACGACCUUCGUGCCGUACAACUAUAAGCGAGACUCGGUUAGGAUCACCUCCACGGACUACUUUCCGGUGGGGUCAGUGUUCGUGUUCGACGCGAAUCACCUGCCGUACGGGUGCUCGGUAUGGCCGUCAUUCUGGACGAAAGGCCAGAACUGGCCCAUCGGCGGCGAGAUCGACAUCAUCGAGGCCGUCAAUCUUAUGACGUACAACCAGAUGGCACUGCACACCCAGGACGGUUGCACGCAGCCUUCGAGCGUCACGCAGAGCGGCACUACGGGGAGCACAAAUUGUACGCAGGACGCGGGGUGCACCGUAGCAGAGAACCAGUCGAAUAGCUAUGGGGACAACUUCGCGAAUGCUGGUGGGGGAGUGUGGGCGGCGCAGCUCGACUCGUCUGGCAUCUUUAUCUGGUUCUGGACUAGGGCGAGCGUUCCGAGUUCUGUGUCAGGCGCAAACAACAGCAUCGACACCUCUUCAUGGGGCACCCCCUCCGCGGCAUAUCCGUCCUCGUCCUGCAAUAUCACCGAGUUCUUCACGCCCCAACAACUCGUCCUUGACAUCACCCUGUGCGGCGACUGGGCCGGCGGUGCGAGCGUGUACGAGUCGACGUGCGGCGGCGACGGCUCCGCCACUGCCUGCUACAUCGACAACGUGAUCAACAACGGGUCCAACUACGCGGAUGCGUACUUCUCUAUCAACUACGUCAAGGUGUUCUCGCUCACCGACGGCGUCCUCGUACCCUCUGUAUCCGGGGGGUCUACGGUCCUCGUCACCGAGUCUGCGACUGAUGCGACCUCGGAGCCCAGCGCCACCAGCCCGGCCGGCGCCCAGAGCGGAAACAAGGCGGCUACGCUGGGUGCGAACGCUUAUGUCGCUGUCGCAGGCGCGACUGUGCUGGCUGCUGUCUCUUGGAUCCUGUUAUAGAUGUAGUAUCACAACAUGCUCAAGGAGGCCCAUAUUGUAAUGACUUCUGCAGGACAAUUUGCGCAACAUACGUAUACUACCUUCUGUUCCGUACGGACAUGGACCUGCUAGUACUACCCCAAUGUGUAUUUUUCGAUCACCAACCCGCCGUAGCUCUCCUAAUAGAGAGGAUCUGUUUGUUUUUCCAUG